ACUUGAUCCAUCCUUGUCAGAAGUUGUCCCCGAAGUUUGUUUCCCUACCGCAAAUGGGUUCCUGGAAACGGAAGCCCUUGUCAGUCAAUUCAGACACAUUUGGACCCACCUUGGUUGACUUUGGCGAUUCGGGGUUGUCCAUAUCUUCCAGCAAGGACAAUGUCAAGUUCAAGGCCUUCAGAGCUAAGCCUCUCUACCUCCCGUACAAAGAGAUCAUUAAUUUUCAAUUGGACCAAGCCACACCGAUCCCUCUGACUCUGUCUGGGCACUUUUUCUCGUCCAUAACAAAUUUUCGACGAGGAAGUGAUCGACUCCAUGAGAUCAAUGGCUCUGAAUCUGAAAGGUCGGUUCAAGAGAACAACAAUUUGGAUCAACUGGGACGAUCACUCGGUGCGCGGUUCAAAUUAGUGAUCCACUACUUACAACGACAGAAGGACAACUGCAACAUCUGGACUUGUAAGAAAAUCGAUCUCACUGGUGAAAAUCAAGAUGCUCUCAAGGAAGUUCACUCUCAAUUGGAAAAGCGAACCCUUGAUCACUUUCAAGAGCGUCCUAAACGACUCCUGAUAUUCAUAAAUCCCUACGGAGGAACUGGUAAUGCUCCCAUCAUUUUUGAGAAGCAAGUGCGUCCAAUGUUCGACCUGGUGGGCAUUCAAUACGAUGUCAUUGAAACCGAGCGAAGCUACCAUGCCCAUGAUCUUCUGCUUGAUUAUCCAGAUUUGGAACAGUACGACGGAGUAAUUGGCGUGGGUGGGGACGGGAUUUUGAAUGAGAUCUUCAAUGGUCUCAUCAAAAGUGCUGCAAGAGAAGCUGGUCUGGAUGUGAAUGAGCCGGCAGUGACUCUUCGGCAACCAAAAGUUCGCAUUGGGAUCAUUCCAGCCGGUAGCACGGAUUCGGUGGCUGCCAGUCUGCAUGGCACGGAUCAUUUGGAGACAGCCAUCCUUCACAUCAUCUUGGGGGAUAAACGGGGCAUGGAUGUGAAUAGUGUGUACUCAGACGGCCAAUUGAAGAGAUUUUCGAUCACUAUGGUUUCCUAUGGGUAUUUUGGUGACCUGAUCCAAAGGUCAGAGAAGUACCGAUGGAUGGGACCACCACGUUACAUUUUCUCGGGGAUGCAAACACUCCUUAAUAACAGGAGCUACAAAGGUACCUUGGAGAUCACCAUGAGUGACCCUUUAAGAAGCAUGAAAGGCAAUCCAUCGAAUCUAGAUCCCUGCACGGAGCUGUGCGAGUGCCAAAACAAUUUGGCUCAAUUGGCCACAGCAGAGGCCGAUGAGGAUCUCCACAUUGAAACGGUGAAAGAAGGUCAAACCCAGAAAUUGAUCGUCAAUGGGGAGUUCAUGGUGGUCACUGGCGCAUGCAUUGCCUGUUGUUGUCGUCAUACCCCCAAGGGCGUGUCACCAGGGGCUCAUCACGGGGAUGGGAACACAGAUCUCAUCUUGGUGAAAAAGACAUCGAGGAUCAAUCAGUGGCGCUAUUUGAUCCGGACGUCGCUUCUUCACGCCAGUCCGUUUGAUCUUCACUAUGUAGAAGCUUUUAGGGCCAAGGAGUUCAAAUUCACCCUCGAGAACAGCGCCCAAGAUGGGAAAACGGGAUUGAUACGGACUCACAGUAGCGUUUGGAACUGUGACGGAGAAAUACUCGAGCACCCAAAUAUCCAUGUGAAAGUCAAUCGAAAGCUUAUUUCGGUGUUUGGGCGAGGAUCUGGUCCAAAGUCCAAACCGAAGGCUUUAUAAAUAAAGACGUAUUGGUUUUGCUAAGAAAUCGUCACCCACAGGCCCACCUUUAAAGAUAUGGAGAAUAGGUAGGGGCUCAACCUACAAUCAGAACCAAUGUCUUUUUUGUCGUAUGUUGUCAUGAGAUCACUGUGAUAUGAUAAAGAAUAUAUUGAAUAAAUUUCUAGCAUUUAAA